GACUGACCGACGUAUUACUUAGUUCAAACAAUUAAUUCUUUAACAGACUCCUCAUCACCGUCUCUAUGUCUUUUGUUCAACUUGUGUGAAUAAUUUUUUUUUUUAAUUUAUGUACAUAAAUAAUACAUUGUUAUUAUAUUUUACAAACACAAAAAUACAAGGAGGAAAUGCUUAGUGAAAAAAAGUCGCCCACAUAAAAUAUAAAUAAACAAAAUUAAUAAAUUGUGUAAAAAGAAAAUUGAUUUCUAUCGUUUGCCUCUUUACUGUGCUCAAAACAAAGAAAGUAGAUAUGCAACAAUUCGACUUCGGUUCUUGUUCUUAUUGCGCAUCAUUCGCUCACCGUCAAUAAUGGAUCAAUUUUCCAUGCACCGCCAAUACAUUUUAUUCGACCCGUUGCAUUGCCAGCAAUCCUUAGUUUUGUUACUUUAUUUUCUUUUUUUCGGUUUCACCCCAACGUGUAUCGUUUUUUUUUCACACUCUCUUUCGCUUCCCCAUUGUUACGAUCGCGCAUCGGUUGUUCUCCCCUGUGCGCUUUUUUUCUCUAUGAGGAAGAUCAACCAAUAAGUUCAAUACCGGUGGUUUAAUGUUUACACAAUUUCCAUAAGCACACACAAUGGAAACGAAAUGAUGUGCAGUGCACAAAAAAAACCAACAUUUUCAUAAAGAUACCCACAUGGAAACGGCUGGUCGAAGGUUCCGCCCGCUGGAACCUCUCGGUUCGAUCAUUCGCAUAACAUCUAUUUAUCAGUACGAUGCUGUUCGAUGCUCUGAUUAUCCCCCCGAAUGUGAGAGGCGAAAAAAAAGGCGGAAUCAUCGUCGGACCACAGCAUCCGGGCUGGGAGCGCUUUUGGGGCGUGCGUUUUUGUUGGGGAGUGUGGCCUCCGGUAUAAAAAGAACUACCCGAUUUUGGAAGGCCAUCAGUGCAGUCGCAGCAAUCGUAGUGCAAAGUCAACAGCAAGCCUCAGUCUUUUAGCAUCCAUCCAUCCAUCAUGAAGAUGUACAUUACCGUUUCGCUGGGAAUGAUGCUGGUAGCAUCGGCCAUGGUUGCCGCCGACCAGUACCAUCACGCACCGGAGUACGAUCAUCCACCGGCCAAGCAUAUCCCGAUCGUGCACAGUGAGUCGUACAGCAGCCACGACGGUAGCUACAAGUUUGCCUACGAAUCGGGCAACGGUAUUACGGCCCAGGAGGAAGGUUUCGUCAAGAAUGCCGGCAGCAAGGACCAUGAGGUGCAGGUUGCCCACGGUUCGUACUCGUACACCGAUCCGCACGGUGUUCCCGUCUCGCUAAGCUACGUGGCCGAUGAGAACGGUUUCCAGGUGCAGGGUUCGCACGUACCGACACCACCACCGGUCCCGAAGGAGCUGGUCGAUGCCUAUGCUAAGGCGGCCAGCCAGCCCCAGAGCCACGAUGAGCCGGACUAUCCUCAGCCCGCUCAGCACGGUUACAGUGCGUACUAAGGAGUGGACGUGAAGAGUGGCAGAAAGGGGACAUUCCCGCCCCCGGGUGGGGAUGGUAGGAGGUCCGUGAUAGGACGUCAGAAAAGUAAUCUCAAAUCAAUACGACUGACUUAGCGGCCGUGGAUAGUGGGCCGGAUCCUAAUAUUUGCUGAUGUUAUACCCAAAUAUAUGUGAUAUAAAACAAUUUUAAAGAAAAU